GGGGCCGGGGCCAUGGAGCGUUGGACCGGGCGGGUCGCGCUGGUGACCGGCGCCUCAGUGGGCAUCGGGGCGGCCGUGGCUCGGGCGCUGGUACAACACGGCAUGAAGGUGGUGGGCUGCGCCCGCAGCGUCGACAAAAUCGAGAAAUUGGCAGCUGAAUGCCAGAGCGCCGGCUACCCGGGGACCCUCAUCCCGUACAAGUGUGACCUCUCCAACGAAGAGGAGAUCCUGUCCAUGUUCUCCGCCAUCAAGACCCUUCAUCAAGGAGUUGACGUCUGCAUCAACAACGCGGGGCUGGCUCGCCCCGAGCCCCUGCUCUCGGGGAAGACAGAGGGCUGGCGGACGAUGAUAGAUGUCAACGUGAUGGCUGUGAGCAUCUGCACCCGAGAGGCCUACCAGUCCAUGAAAGAGAGAAACAUCGAUGAUGGGCAUAUUAUUAACAUUAACAGCAUGAACGGCCACAGCGUUGUGCCACAGUCGGUGGUGCAUUUUUACAGUGCCACCAAGUACGCCGUCACAGCCCUCACGGAGGGGCUGAGGCAAGAGCUCAGAGAAGCAAAGACCCAUAUACGAGCUACAUGUAUAUCUCCAGGACUGGUGGAAACAGGAUUUGCUUUUAAACUUCAUGAUAAUGACCCCGAGAGAGCUGCUGCAACCUAUGAGAGCAUUCGGUGUCUCAAAGCUGAAGAUAUGGCUAACGCUGUCAUAUACGUCCUCAGUGCCCCACCUCAUGUACAGAUCGGAGAUAUACAGAUGAGGCCCACGGAGCAGAUUUCAUAGCAAACGAAGAGGACCGUGAGCAGCACCGUGUGUCCACUCCACUUCGAACCCUCUGGCAAUGUAGGGUUUCGUCGGCUGGCUGGCAAUGUUCUAAUCAAGGACCAAGGAUCAUGUUCGAAGAAUUCUUUUUCUCUCCCUCUCUCUGAGCUGGUGCUGGUGCUGAGCCAGUUUAAAAGGAAACAGUAGUGGGUCUCUUUCUCCCCCACUCCUUUCUGAAACUGCUUAAGAGUAAAAUGUAUUUGAAAAUAAUGCAGGGAAGUGGUUUGUGGAAGAUUGUUUUCUCCAGGCUGGUUUAUUCUUCCUUUUGCUUUCUUUUCAAGGUUUGUUUGAUCCUAUUUGCUGAUGCUGUGUCUGGACAUAGAUGAAGUGGCACAAGAUGUUUGCCAGCUUCAGUGUGCUUAGGGUUCGAGAUUUUCAGUGGAUGUCAUACAUGAAUCCAUCUAAUUUUUGGGUUUAUUUUCAUCAGAUUGAUUACUGAUGGUAAUGAUGCAUGUGAUAUCUUCUACUUCUUUCAUACUCCACUGCCUAAACCCAGUGUAUGACCUCACCCACCUCCCCAGUCCCUCCUUUCCCAUUCACAUGGAUUUUUGGAAGUUUGAGGAAGUAUAAAUGUGUGUGCUUGCUAUUUCUAUUUUUUUUUUUUUUUUUUUUUUUCUAGGUAGGUAGGUAAAUAGUUGGAGGAAAAGUACCUGUACUUCUGCAGGUUAGAAUGAUCAUCUAAGUGGCAUAGUUACAGUAAGAGUGAGUUGUUUGGUAUUUUUAAUAAAAACUAAAUGUGUGCUGUCUUGUGAUCACCUCUAUCCUUGGUAUCAUCUCCCAGCACUCUUGAUGUUUUUGUAUGUGAUAUUUGCAUGCAUUGACACUUUUCUGGAAAUAUUGAUCGGUCUUAGAAAGAUGUAUGGUGCUGUUAAACGCUGGUGCUGGUGAGAUGGAAAUGUUGGAAGUUUGUUUAUAUGCAGAGAUACGAACUUGGAGAGAGAGAGAGAGUGAAAUGAACCGUGCUGAAGCUGUCCAAAUGAAAGGAUAUUAGCAGGGGCAUCUGCCUACGAAGUAGCAGGUAAAAAGUCUGGUUCAGAUCUCGUACUGGUUCUGCGCUGGUGCAGCCCCCUUGUUUUGCUCCGGAUUUAUUCUAACGUGAGGGAGGAGAGAAUCAGCCUCAAAGCUGAUGCCUGCAGAGCUGAAGACCGCUCAAGUCGUCUCAAGGCUCUUGCAGCGUGGCAGAAACACGGUAGUCCCAUCUUCCUGCGGAGCUGUGGAGCUGUUAACAGAUGUCUCAUUGCCUUAAGGUUGUGGAUCUGCACUCCUGCUGCGCUCUGGACUUCUUGUAGCGUUUCGGAAGGUGAACGUUUGGUUUAGGUGGAGCAGGUACGGUCGGUUGGUUGGAGCAGAGGAUCAGGAGCCAGAGAAGCUUGGGUUGGAUUGCUUUGCUUACACCAGUACAGCCCUGUGGGAGUUCACCUGUGUUACACCACCAUAAAGGAGACCAGAACUGGGCCACUACGUCAUGAGUUUCAACUCCCUGUAAAGCCUUGGGCAAGUCACUUUACCUCUCUGCCUCAGUUUCCCCAUCUGUAAAAUGGGGGAUAAUAAUACUUACCUACCUCACAGGGGUGUUGUGAGGACUCACAAACUUUUGUAAAGCACUUUGAAUAUGAGAAGCGCUAUGUAAGUGCUGAGUGUUGAUAUGAAGUAUUAUUAUUAAUUAAAUCUUGUGAUACAUAGAA